AUGUCCGUUCAGGCCUUCAUUUUGUCACUGGAGCCACGCUUCCAGCAGAGAUACGCACACGCGAUUCGCCUUGGUUCUUCGGCCGCUCUCUGUUUGUCUCUCAUUCUGUAUCAAGAGUACUCAAAACAAGGCGACCGCUUGAAGGCGACCUGGCCUGGAGUUGGCUCGCUCCUGGCUAUUUUAGCCGCCAGUUUGGCUAUCCCCAGACGCCCCUCCGUAUUCCAUCGAGGUCAGCAGGUAGACCGUGAGCUCUCCGUCUCAUUUUGGGAUAGACUUACAUUUUCUUGGGGCCCAUUCCCUGCGUCACGUUUUGAUAUCCCUGACAAGAUGAGAAUGGAAGACUUGCCAGAAGUCGGAUACUCCUCCCGCGUCAAAACGUCAAAACAGCUUUUGGCCCGCGUGGGCAAGUCAGUCCACCUCUGGAGGCAGCUCUCAAGAGCUUUUCUCCCAGCACUCAUCAUUCAAUGGUUACUUGCCUUUCUCACCGCCGCAGCUCAAUUUGGUAGCCGCUUUGCCCUCUUCAAGUUGCUUCAAUGUCUCGAGGGCUCAGAGAAAAGCUCGAAUGCCGCAAAAUUAUGGGUAGUUGGUAUCGGGAUGGGUCUGCUUGUCGAAACGUUUUCCCAAAACUGGUUGAUAUGGUGUACUCAAAUGAGAUUGCAAAUUCCGAUUCAAGGAUUGCUCAAAUCUAUCGUUCUCGAGAAGUUGACACGGAGUCCCCUUGCUACUGGAAAAGGAAAAGGAUGUUUACCGAAGGAAGGGGGAAAGACAGCAGAAGCACACAAACUCGAGUAUCCGUCUUUGACAGAUAUCCUUACCAACCACUGGCAAGUCCAUCCUCUUACAAAUGUCCACUACCUGGCCGGCUUACUCGGGGCAAAGAGUAUUUUGGCUGGAGUCAUGGCAUCUAUACUAAUAGUGCCACUUUCAAGCAAACUUUCUCAGAAUCACAGAGCAAAGCGAGCCAAGAGAACAAAAGCACAUUCUUCCGUGUCCAAUCUCGUGUCCGAGGCACUACAAGGCCUUCGUCAUAUUCGACUCUCUUCCAUGGAAGAUGUAUGGGAAGAUCGACUAAGCGCGGCGAGAGAUCGAGAGCUAGACCAGAUGCGUGGCACUGGCAUCGCGAUGUCGUUGCUAAGUUUGGCCGUAAAUUUCAGUCCUGUUCUACUUGUGUCUACAGCACUGUCUGUAUAUGCCUAUGAGACUGGCCAUCUCAGCUCAUCGAUUGCGUUCUUGGCCCUCAAUCUAUUCGACAGCCUUUACAUAGCCUUUCAAGAACUUCCAUCUCGUUUCGCCGAGGCUCGUGUUUCAUGGUCAAGCUGCAAACUGCUCAACAGGUAUUUGAGUGAGCCAGAACGCCAAAGAUUAGCAGUUCCAUCAGAUGGGCUGCGUUUUGAAAAUGCUUCAAUCUCCUGGCACAUGCAAAAUUUCGACGCAAAUACGCAAGGCGGUUUCGCCUUGUCCCAUGUUAACCUUGACUUCCCGCUCAACGCACUUAGCAUCGUGACGGGCAGUACCGGAUCUGGGAAAAGUCUCUUGCUCGCCGCCCUGCUCGAAGAAGCCAGUAUUCGGUCCGGAAGGGUACUGCGCCCAGUGACAGGUAAAGCUGAGGUUGAGAUCAUUGCUGGGAGCAUGGCUUUGGUAUCGCAGCCGCCAUGGAUUGAGAACAGCACAGUGCGAGAUAACAUUCUAUUCGGUAGUGUCUACGACGAGACACGCUAUAGAAAAGCUGUGAGCGGCUGUUGUUUGGAGCAGGACUUGUCGGUCCUUUCCAACGGUGACCAAACCAUUGCAGGAUUAAACGGUGCUGUUCUGAGUGGCGGCCAGAAGUGGCGUGUUGCGCUUGCGCGCGCGCUUUAUUCGGCCGCUGAGAUACUCAUACUCGAUGAUGUUCUCAGUGCUGUUGAUACUCGCGUCGCCAAGCAAAUAUUCGACGGUGGAAUAAUGGGCGAUUUGGCGAAAAACAGGACAGUCAUUUUGGUCACGCACAACCCAGACGCAUAUCUCGCAUCCGCUCAAUAUCAUGUCACCAUUGAAGAUGGUCAUGUUAGUGGGAAAUCCGUUUCCAAUAUUCGGCCGGGAAGCAAUAUGCCGGAGCCAAGUCUACCCCCAGAGCCAUCGCCUGAAGCAAUCUUCAAUGACAAAGAAGAAUCUCGAGAGCCUGAGCACCCUAAAGAAAAAAGUGCGAUGCUUGCUGCCGUGAGCACCAGACAGAUUCUGUCUGCUUAUAUGUGGGCUAGUGGCGGAGUUUGUUCCCUUGUCAUAGGUGCUUUCUGCACCUUUCUAGCCCGUGCCGUUGCGCACAGCAGCUCAUGGUGGCUGACGCGGUGGACAACGCAGGACACAUCAAGCGCAGACUAUUCCAACGCCUACAACAUGAAGAUAUACUUUGCGCUGUCCUUGUGCACAGUAGCGGGCCAAGAACUGAAAUCACUCGUAUUAUUGGCUUUGAGCCUUAGAGCAUCGCGAUCGCUCUUUCAGCGGCUUGUGCAGAGUGUCCUACAUGCUCCCCUCGCAUGGAUCGAUUGUAUGCCACUGGGCGAGAUGAUUCAGGUCCUCGAGACUGACAUUUACACCAUGGACAACAAAACAACGCAGUCACUGCACAAUCUGUUGGGCAGUGUCAUGAGCCUGGUUUUUAUAUUGAGCAGCAGCAUUGUAUCGGCUCCUCAAACAAUCUUCUUCAGCGCCCCCAUCCUCGUCGCUUACUCGCGAGUUGUUAUGCAUCAACUUGCCAUCUCACGCCAUUUGCUUAGACUCAUUGAUGAGUCGCUUCGACCCAUUCUUGAACAUGCGACAUCUGUCGCCUCUGGUUUGGCCACCAUCCGAGCCUUCAACAGAACCGAAUUCUAUGUCGAGCGCAUGCAUGAACUAGUAGAUCGAAGCGCAAAACUAGGCUUGCAUCUUAUCCUUGGCCAGCGCUGGCUUGCGGUCCGCCUAGGUUCUCUCGGUGUCAUUUUUGUCACCGCCGUAGCUGCGACUCUCGUCUACCAAGGCGAAGAUGCCGCAAAGACUGGCUUCGCCAUUACUCUGGCGCUUCAACUCAAAGCAGCCCUUGGUGGCACCACCACAAUGCUUAAUCUCCAUGACAUGUUGGCCCGCACCAUCGGUCGUAUUAUCAGCCUUGCCAAUGUCGAAACAGAGAGUCGGGACGGGAUUGAGCUUGCCAGGUCGUGGCCGGCAGAGGCUAGAAUCGAGGUGUGCGACUUGGCGGUUCGCUAUGACGCAUCAGCGCAGCCAGCCCUACGCAGAGUCAAUUUUUCGGUCGAGUCGCGUCAGCGUCUUGGUAUCGUUGGCCGCACUGGAUCUGGCAAGACAACCCUGACAAACGCAAUACUCCGCUUCAUAGCUGUUGCUCAGGGCCAGAUUAUUAUUGACGGUGUCGAUGUUUCGACAAUUAAGCUAAACAGAUCGCGAAAAGCUAUUACUCUGAUACCGCAGGAACCUUUUCUGUUUUCGGGGACACUACGAUCCAACGUCGACCCUUCCGGCACCAAGAGCGACGACCUCGUGCUCGAGGUGUUGCGCCGUGUCCAUCUCAUUCCGAACGCUGCUACAAAAGACGUCGGCAACCAUACGAGCGAGUUUUCCCAUCUUGACAUGGAGAUUCAGCCUGGCGGUGUCAAUCUAUCGUACGGGCAGCGACAGCUACUGUGCUUGGCGCGAGCACUUCUCGUCCGCUGUCCGAUUCUCAUCCUGGACGAGGCCACGAGUGGUGUAGACGACGCAACAGACGCAGCUGUGCAGCGUGUUCUUCGAGAAGAAUUCUCGCAUGCCACGAUUCUCGUUGUUGCUCACAGACUUUUGACGGUGGCUGACUUUGACAGUAUUCUGGUCAUGCGAGACGGUAAAGUGGCCGAGAUGGGACCGCCAAGGGCGUUGAUGGCUAGACGCGGCCUGUUCUGGGACAUGCUGCAGCAGAGUGGCGACAGCGAGCGAGUCAUGCAAGCGAUGAGGAAGGAUUGA